GAGGGCGACAAAAACCUAUUGGGACUUUAAGAUUGUUCAGUUUCUCGCGAUAUUCCACGGGAAUGGGAUCUGGUGAAGAGCUAAGAUGUUAACAGCAGUUUAGCUGUUUUCCAGUGUCAUAUUUAAGUGGCUGGAGUCGAAAAACCUUGUAUUUCUAAGGUCGGAUCUGAAGAUGUAGUCAUCCCUGCAGUCUCCUCUCCUCCCUGGACCUCCUCCACCUCCUCCUGUCCGGGCCUCCACCAUGCUGUUCUCUCUGAGGGAGCUGGUCCAGUGGCUGGGCUUUGCGACCUUUGAACUGUUCCUCCACCUGCUGGCUCUGCUGGUCUUCAGCAUGCUGGUUGCCUUGCAGGCUGACCUGCCAUCCCCCAAACUGAGUUGGUGGCUGGUUUUCGUCCCGCUGUUUGCCGCAGACGGCCUGAGCACCUACUUCACCACCAUCGUGUCCAUAAGACUGUACGAGAAGGAGAAGCGUCUGGCUGUGCUGCGGCUCCUCUGGGUGCUGACGGUGCUCAGUCUGAAGCUGGUGUGUGAGGUUCUACUGUGCCAGAAGUUGGCCGAACAAGAACAAGCUAGAGAUCUCUGGUUUGGUCUCAUUGUUUCCCCCCUCUUCAUCCUGCUGCAGCUGCUGAUGAUACGGGCCUGCCGGGUCAACUGAGGAGGGCAUGUCUGAUGAACAUGAGCAGAGUGCAGUAUCCGUCUGCCAUUAGAGAUUGAAAGCAUUAACGUGACAUUUUUUUCCCUAUGCCUCAUUUCCUGCUGUUUUCAAUCCACUACGGUGUAGCUUGAAGGACAAGUUUAUGCGCCUGCUUGAGUUUUGUUGUGUUUUCUGUUUUAAAGUAAUUCUUUGAAGUCAUUCCAGCCAGUCGAUGUAUGACUACAUUUGGAGAACUUUAGGAGAAUAAACUGAAAAUGUCAGAUGUAGUUUUUAUCACAUUGUUUCUGCACGUGGCAAUCAAUGGAAGAAAAUGGGCCUUUAGGGGGAAUGUGUUUCAGCUAUUCUUCAAUUUUGUCUCUGCAUCUGAUUUGCAUAACUACAAAACAUUGCAAAAAUGGAAAGCUGUGCAGUUUUUCAAUUGAAUAGAGAUCUCCAAAAUGUAUUUGCUGCCAUUUUCUUUGCCCCCCCCCAAAAAAAUGCUUGAAACACAAACAUUCACUUUUCAUUUUCUGUACUGUUGCUCAUUCAACUGACCUUUAAAACUUUAAACCCCUUCGUUGGCUCCUGUUUGUGAGAAUGACCCUCACCAAAACCUGUUAGUGCUUGAACUCCAUCAUUGCAAAGAUGAGAAGAUUGUUUUCACUCAACCU